AUGGCAUAGAGAAGCUUCACCGACCGGACGACACAGUGUCAGGAUGAGCAUCGGUCAUUGAUUCCAUAAUUAGUUUGAAACCAAUAGUUCUCAUGUGCUUUUACCCUGACAAUGGACAUAUUGUCUCUACUCUUUCCAGCUAGGCUUAGAUAGGUCCGGGGACACAAGUUGGUCGAAUAGGAAGCCAUUCAUAUUUUGGGUUAAUCUGGUCUUCUGGUAGACCAAAGAAGCAAGAAAGAUAUACUAGUGUCUAUAAUCUAGAACAAGAAUUACAAACUUCUCUAGGGAAGGAGAAAAGAAACCACCACAAGAUGAAGAAGAAAGGGGAAGAGAUAGAGACUCAAGACCAGCAAACUAAAUCAAGAGUUGUAAAGGUGGACUCGGUAGAGUCAUGGGACUUCUAUGUUACCCAAGCCAACAAUCAAGCCUGCCCUAUUGUUGUGCACUUUACUGCUUCAUGGUGUAUUCCCUCGGUGGCCAUGAACCCUUUCUUUGAGGAAUUAGCCUCAGCUUAUCCAGAUGUCCUGUUUCUGGCUGUUGAUGUGGAUGAAGUUAAGGAGGUGGCUUCUAAACUGGAAGUAAAGGCCAUGCCUACAUUUGUGUUGAUGAAGGAUGGUGCACAAGUUGACAGGUUGGUGGGAGCCAAUCCUGAGGAGAUAAGGAAACGGAUUGAUGAGUUUGUUCAGUCCAUUCGUGCAUAUGUAGCCUAGUGUAUGUAUAUGAGAUCUUAUACAUUUCUGAACAUGUAAACUUUGUGGUUAUGCUGGACCAGCAUUUUAAACAGAUAUGAUGUUGGUGAUGUGAUUGUGGUUUUUUAGUGUGAUUUCAAUCUCAAAUCAUGUAAUUAGAAGUUGUUUUA